AUGAUAUCCUCUUUCCGGGCCUUGUAUCACGGAUAUCAAAAUGUUGUGGAGAGUAUCAACGUUCACAUUGACGCAACGAUCACCAUUCCGUUUCACCCGAACUUGGCCGUUGGCGACCUUGACACGCAGCCUACCCCGGGAGAUGGUCUUUUCGGGACGAUGAUCAUGCCCAACGUGACGCUUAUCGUCGAGAACGACAGUGUAGCAUCGGCAUCUCUCUUCCAGCCGAGCAACUCUCCUAGUUUGAUCAUCCUUUUGUAG